AUAACGCGCGGACCGAAAAGCCGCCCGAAAAGACUGACCGAGAAAGCAAAGCAUAACAAAAACAAACCACCACCACCACCGCUUCAGAUCGGUUUCCGCUGUUCCGUCGGGUCGCCCCCACCACCAUCAUUCAAACAGAUCUCCAGUGGUGGCUACCACCGCCGAAAACGCGAAACCACGAUCGACCGCGGUUGUUGCAAAAGUGAAAAGUGAAAUGUGUGUACGACCGACGACGACGACGACCCACGACGAAGCGCCAUUUGCGCGCACCGCGUGAAGUCAUCGCUUUGAGGGUGGGGAGAAGCCGCGCGUAUUACACCACACUCGUGCUCGUACCGGAAUUGGCUCGAGCGCGCGCAGUCACUGCUCGGGAACGGCACGGUAUCAACGUGCGCUGGUGCUUGGUGCUUGCGGGUGUAAGUUGCGCAGGUCGAAAAGUGGGUUAAGAUGAGCUUUUGGGUGACAUUGGUGCUGGCGGCGAUCGUGUCCGGGCGGAGCGUGCGUGCCAUCAGCUACCGGAAGGAUACGGGAUUUUCCACGGACGGGAAGGAUCAGUUCGUGUUCCGGGAGCCGGGUGUGACGGCAGUGGCAAGAGAACCUUCUCCCGUGGAUCAUGGACAGUUUACACCGAUGUACACCCCCCACUACAGUGCCGAUUCGCCGGUGAAGCGAGCCGGAAGGAUCCGUUUCGUGGACGAUUCCGAUGCGUCACCGUCCACCACCACGGUGAAUGGAGCUGUUAGUGGGAGCAAUUUCUUCGGCAAAGGAUCCGUUGCCGACGUCUCACCGGCUGGAUCGCCGUUCGGGCAGCGUGAAGGUGAUCAAUUUUACACCGUCGGUGCAUCGAUACAGUUUGCCGGAGGAAAUGCGGGAGGAGACACGAUCACUCCACCACCGCCACCGCCAGCAGGCAGUCAGCAGAAACCGAAAAGGAAAAAGAACAAGUACAAGUACGUGGCAAACGAUAAGAUCUACAAUGCGGACGGUGGGUUCGAGCAGCCUGGGCAGUAUGGGGCGUAUUCUACCUACACCGGUGCGCCACCGCAACGAUUUUCGGCCCCAUUGCAGGGCAACUAUUUGACGGUGAAUGGAGCCCGUCCGCAGCAGCAACAGCACGUUGGACAGUACGACGGUAGUUCGAUGCUGAACUAUCCCGAGCUGCAGAAGCAACAGUAUCCGUUCAGCAUUGCGCCACAGACCGGUGCUUACAAUCCGUACAGUUCGUACAAUCCGUACCAGUAUCCUUCGGAGUCGCCGUACCCGUACGCUUCAGAGUCACCGUACGCCACCAAUCCGUACCAACAGCAACCGCAAGGAUACUAUCCACCGCAACAGUCACUGCCUACUUCCAGCGGUCUAGCGCAACCGCCAAACGCGCAGAGCAUUCUGGGGGUGCUUCAGAGCAUCUUCAACUUUGCCCCCGGCACGUUCGGAUCGUUCGGAGCGGCAACGACGCCACAACGUCCGGGUAGUACAUUCGCCAGCCCUGGAGCCGGUUUUGGUGGCGUUGGUGGUGGUGUGGGUGGUCAGCUGCGCCAAGCGUUGGAUAACAUUUCCGAAAACGACGAGCUGCAGUGCGUGCCGAAGCUGAUCUGCAUGAUGUCGCGCAGCUCGACCGGCCAGGGCUUUAGCAGCUACGUCAACCGGGGUCUACUGUCGACCAUCCUGACCGCCGUGCCGGACAGCUCACCGUGGCUCAAGUUUUCCCGGGCCGCCCUGCUAGGGUACGGCAUUGGGGCGAACAGCUGCGACGCGUACUAUCCCAAAUGUCCGAAGGAUGAGAUGCAGAUCCUGUACUACCUGAACAACCAUCGGGGUGGGUUUUUCCGCUUCUUCAGCAAUGGUGAGCAACCGCAGCAGCAGCAGCAGCAGCAACAGUAUCAGCAGCAGCAGUACGGGUAGAGAAACCUGCAACGGAAUCAACAGUGAUCGGAGUCAAAUCGAACCUAAAGAAGACGACGAAAUGUGCCAAUCUGAAUGGAUAGAGGAGACAAUAGGACAGCCCUUUCCUAACUUGUUAUUUAUUAUGUGACACAAACGUAUACCUGUGUGUCUCUCUCUCUCUCUCGCGUGUGUGUGUGCGUAUAUAUGCGUGUCCCGGAAGCCCAUCCAAGCAAGUGGCCGCCCUUUUUAGAGAGCGCGGUUGUGCGUAACUAAUAUUGCUCGCUGUCCGUGGGAAAGUGAUUUGCGUGGAACAGAAUUUGAUGCACACCGCCAUGGCCAUGACGGGGCGAUGUUUCUUUUUUCGGGAUGGGCUGUGAGAAAGUUACUCCCUCGAUGUUGUCUUUAUCACACGCCACAUUUAACCGUAGCCAAAGCGUGGCUUGAUGGCGCAAAUAAUACCAACUACACACAACACACCGUUGGCGCAUGAUUUGCGUAAACUUGCAUUAACAAGCGUGUUUGUGUGUGUGUGUGUGUACAUUUUUAAAGCUAUUUAAUUGAACGAUGUUCAACAGCAAAGACGAUAGCAAUUGUAACAAAUGGUUGUUUAAUAAAUUUAAGUAAAAAAACACUUAAUAUCGUACUGUGAAUUAUUUUCGCAAAUCUGUUGCUCAAUUUAAACACCGCGUAUGCAUAUGUUUGCGCCGAACGACCCUGGGGUUGGACUUUCGCAACGAAAGUUCAACCUACCUUUUCGGGUGUCCCCGACAGCAAAAUCCCAUUCAAACACACCUGUGCGCGUAGGAGUACAAUCCACAGAGUUGUUGUUUACUUUCAUCGACCUCAUCUUAGCGCCGAACACGACCGCGCACCAUAAGCACCUUCAAAGACAACACACGGAUCUACCAAUUUCGGUUUUACGGGUUUCGUCGGUCCCCGAUGACGCAUCUCUCCUCCGCUUCAACGCCUGUCCAAAGCCGAGCCGCUUGCCUCGUUUUAUUGCCACCUUCCCCGGUGUAGUUAUUCAAUCGCAAGCGGACGUAAUAUCGUACAUGUGCUCUUCCGAUUUGCGCGCUUGGCCAAAGGCUUAUCGGUACAACGUCUGCUAGAUGCUGCGGAGUUGGCGUUUCCGCAUGAUUUUUCCCUGCGGUUGUGGCACACUUUGUGCCUGUGUGUGUGUAUGUACAAUUGCGUGUUGCUAGCAAAGGUUUCCAACCGGUGGAAAGGUGCCAAAAGGACGAUAAUGAUAAUGUGUGUGUGUGUACUAUUAUCCGUACCAAUCAGUGCGUCCGCACCACAGGAGGGAAGGGAUGGUUUGUUGCCUGUUAUUGCGAUAUUGCCACCACAUACUGGCCAUUGGGUUAGACGGGUAGGUUAGGCUCGCUUAUUAGGUGGCGUUGUAUUUCUCCCUCCUCUGUCUGUAUGAUGUGUGCAACAGGUGAGCCCGAGCGCAAACAUGGAAGAUAAUAAACAUCAAUUACAAGACACCCUGCCCGUCGCGGCGGUGCUUCGACCACCAUACGAACAGGGAAAUGUCGGGCAACGGAAACACUGUGGCUGUUGUUUGAAGAAGGAAGUUAUAAACUGAUCUUCUCCGCACCAGCAUGACUGUUACGCGGAAUUACCUUUUGAAACAGGUCAGUUAGAUGGUGGAUGAAAGAUGUUGGCGUGCGAAAGGAUCUAAAACGAAGAGAAAUUAAACAAGCAAUAGAAAUUAUCUUAACAUACUUCGUCUUAAUUAUUGAUGGGCAAGAGUAAUGUAUACAAUACCAAGCAU